AUGUCUUGCGAACAUUGCACCCAGGGUGUGCGCCACGAGGGAACGCCGGCCGGUUCGUACUUGGACAUCGCAGGCGUCAAAUGCUACAUCGCGGAGCCGUCUGGCGAGUACGAUAAGACCAAAGCGGUGAUAUAUCUUUGCGACGGAUUCGGUUUCGAGCUCGUGAAUAAUCGCCUGCUUGCCGACGACUUCGCACGCAACGGCUAUAAAGUUGUCAUACCCGAUCUAUUCGAGGGAGAGCCAGUGUCUCCGGCUAUAUUCGAUGACCCCGAGCUUCGCGCCCAUUUCGACUGGCCAGAGUGGAUAGGGCGCCACAGCCCCACACACAACCUCCCUCGUGUCAAGGGCGUUAUCAACGCGUUGAAGAUCGAAGGCGUUAGUCGCCUGGGCGCGACUGGCUACUGCUAUGGCGGCAGGAUCGUCUUCGAUCUCACCUUCGAUGGAGAGAUCGACGUCGCCGCCACUGCGCAUCCGUCGAUGCUGUCCGUUGAGGAUCUUGAGAGAUACUCUUCUACUGUCCCGAUCCCGCUUCUCAUCAACGCGUGCGAGUUUGACGAGGCCUUCGGUCACGAUAAGCAGGAGAAGGCGCGGGAGCUCUUUAAGAACUUCAAGCCCGGGUUCGACAUGCAUUACUUCGAAGAGUGCACGCAUGGCUUUGCCAUCCGUGGCGAUCUGCGCGAUCCCAAGGUCAAAGCCGGCAAGGAAAGAGCGUUCAAGAAUACCGUCGAGUGGUUCUGGAAGUACCUGUAG